GCAUUAAAUGCAUGCAUAGCGCAUGGUACCGGUACUGAAGUCAAGAUGAUAUGAAACUUUGAAAGUUCUCGGCCUGUAUGCACGGAGUUGAGAAGUUAGAGAUCAAGACAAGGCCAAAUUAUACUUUGAGUUUGACGGGAGUUUGAAUUCAUCAAGCCAAGCCAGAAAGCCAGGUACCGAUUACCGCAGGAUAUAACACAAUGGCAGAAAGGGGAGAUUUCACCUUCCAACCAUGGGGGCAAGAGAAUACCAAGAGGAGAGGAAGGGGAAGAGGAAGAGGGCAAUGCUGGGCUGGAAGCAGAGGUGGUUAUCGCUAUCGACCUAAACAUAAUCCAAACAAGGUCGGGCAACCACCACAAAGACCAAGAACUUUUGAUUGCAUGAAUUUAGAGGGCAGAAUAACUAAUCACCAAGAAGGAAUCCACCUGCUACCCAAGCUUGAGUUGGGAAUAGGUUCUAAGCCAUGCAUAAAAGAAGAGGUAUUGAGUCCAGGAUCCAGCUCAUCAUCAAAGAGAAGUUGCACAGAAAUGGAAGAAAAUGAGGAGAAUGAAUCAAAAGUACACAUUAAGAAAAGAUGCAAGAAAAACCUUGCUGGUACUUUCCCCUGUUCUCAAGAAGAUAAUGACAUAUCUAUGGUAAAUUUGAAUGGAAAUAAAGUAAGAUCUGAAGUAAAAAUAACUGCAGUGGAUAGAGAGGACUGGGAUGAAGAAAUACGGAUUGCUAAGUUAAAUUCUAAGCAGAAUACUCUAUGUGAAGCAGUGGAUAUGGUCAAAGAGAAAGAUGAUGGUGAAAAAACAACUGCAGGGAAAAUUGAUGGAUUGAUGUUAUUACAGGGGUCAUACACAUCUUCUAGUAGUACUGGUACUCAGCAGUCCAUGAACCUGGAUUGGGAAGUUGGGCUACCAAGUGAUGGUGAGGUCAAACUGACGUCACCAAGGAAAUUUGUCAGAGAUAAAGUGGUUGACUGUCUUUCAAGUGCUGUUACUGAGAACUGUACUUGCACAUCAGAUGAAGAUUCAUUCAAGAUAAAAGAAGGGAAGCAGGACCAUGCUUUGUGUAAUCCUAAAGGAGGGAGAAGCUUCAGCAGUCCAACAGCUGGUUCACUAAAAGGGCCCUUGAUACCAAAUAAAUCAAAGUCAGAUUCUUGGACCGGUUCUGUUUUUUCUCAAGGGAGUGCAAAGAAAAAGGGUAAACUUAAAAAGAAGCAAAGGGCAGCAACAAUUCCAGAAUAUCAAGGCAGUACUGAUGAUGACACUGAUGAAAAUAUGCAGGGAACACUUCUUAAAGGUGAGAGGUCCAAAAGCUGUAGACAAAAGAAAGGAUAUAAUUCUGCUUCUAAAUCCUUGAAAGAUGCUGAAAGGAAAUUUGGCUUCGCCACAGCUGAGGUAGAAAAGAGUGAUGAGACCCAAGUCAAACAAAAAACUAAGGAUAAACUUAGUGCCGAAGAUGAUGACGGUUGUCAAGCUGAUGAUUCAUUAUCAGAUGAUGAAAACUGGAAGAAGGUUGUCAAAAAACUUUCCGCUGAUGGUGUGGAUGCAGAGGAAAUCCAAGAUAGGCGCCCACUUCCACCAGAUUUACCAACAGAUAAAAGUCACACUGAUGAAAGCACAUCAAUGGAUGCCCCCUUGUCCUUUAGGCAAGAUUACAGAGCUAGAUUUACUUAUCCCCCACCCGCAUACAUGCCUUACAAUCAUGCUUAUCCUUCAAUGAGACCGCCUAUCCCCUAUUGCCCUCCUAUGUGGCCAAUGAUGCAAGAUCCUUAUUUCUAUGGACCAGCUAUGAUGAGAGGUUUUCAUCCAGAUGCCAUUGCCAGAUACCCUAUCAUUCAUCGAUUUCCUCAAUGUGUUCAACAAGCAGCUGAGACAGUUUCUCCUACCCACAUUGCUCAAUCUCCUGGCAGUGAAUGUCAGGACAGGUUCUACACAGUAAACGAGUCGGGACCAGAAAGGGAAGGUUACCUGCACAAUAUGAAUCAAACUUGCGGUAUGAAUGCAUUUGAUGGCACAGAUUAUACCUUCCAAGAAAAUACAGUGGAGGAAGAUGAGACAUAUAGUGAAAAUGUCUUUGAUUCCUCUGGAAGUCAAAUAUAUAUUUCCCAGGAACUGAAUUGUGAGACUUCAAAAAGAGAACCAAAUGUAUCAUUUGAUGAAAAUGUACCUUUUCUUCAGACUACCCUACCAGACAUCUGUGAACACCAUAAGAGCUUUGAUAACCAGAGUGAUUUCAUAUCUACUGAAGAUGAGGAUUACUUCUAUCCCAGAGUUUGUGAACCACCAUCACCCAAAUGUACUGAUUCUAGUGUAUCAGUUCAGAUAGAGAGGGGGUCGCGGGAUCAGCCAAACUAUAACUGGUAUCAAACCCCUCCGACUGGUGUUGGUCCUACUCGUACGAAAAGCAAAGUGUGGGGACUGAAUUUCAAGCAGAUGAAAUAUGACAGUUCUGGGCAGAAGAAAGAGGAAACAAGUUUUUCAAUCCCAAGUAAUUCAAAUGAUUCCAGCCAACAGCCACCGUCGUAUGCUGCUGCAGUGUGUGCUGGUAGACAAGAGCCACCCGGUGGUCAGAAUAGAGUAACUUACAUUUCAAGUGCCCAUCUUGAAGAGAGGAGGAGGAAGUCGUAUUCUGGGGUGAUAGCUCCUCACAGUGGAUGGGCAUCUGGUCAUCCUCUUGUAAAAUUUGUCAGUCCACAAAAUAAUAAAGGGCCAGCCAAAGAAAAGCCUCAAGAAAGUCCUUUCUGGCAGUCAACUCCUCGUCCUGAAGCAUUCAAUGCUGAUACUAGUAGCAAAUUCAAGAGUUGGUCUGCAGGAUCUCAAGGAUGGGGUAGCUACAAUAUCACACGAGUUCCCCGUCCAGUCUCGGCACCUCCUAAACCAAAGAUGUUUGCAGAAAUUCUGCAGCGACCAAGACGACUGACCCUUGAAGAUGAGGUGAGAGGGGAGACAAUACCAACGAUUAACUCAUGGCGAUCAUCAACAGAGAUUGAAGACUCUGCAGAAAUCCAAUACCCAACCAGUGAUAUAGACUAUCUGGACACUCAUGCCCACAUUGACCUACUCUUUCAACGGCACAUGUUCAAGGGAACCUUUGCAAAGUUCUGCUUGGUAAAUAAUUUCCCAACCAAUUUUGCUGGAUGUGUGGCCAUCUUCUGUUAUCCUGUCAACUUUUCAAAUAGUUACUCUCUUGCUGAUAACCUACUGAAAGAAAGUAACAUCUGGGGAUCAUUUGGAUGUCAUCCACACCAGGUGAAGCACUAUGAUGGCAUCAUGGAACAGAAGAUUAAAGACUGGAUGAAUCAUCCAAAGACUGUUGCACUUGGAGAAAUUGGAUUAGAUUACUCUGACAGGCCAGCAGAGAUCACAUCAGAUCAUGAGCUUCAGAAGGUGAUCUUCCAACGUCAAUUGCAGAUUGCCCUGGAAACAAAGAAGCCCUUAGUCAUCCAUUGCAGGGAUGCAGAAGAAGACACCCUCAGCAUCAUGUCCAAGAUGGUGCCCAGAAAUCACAAGAUACACCGUCACUGUUUCACAGGACCUCCCCAGGAUGCCAUAAAAUUUCUGAGGGCUUUUCCGAACUCCUUCAUCGGUCUGACAGCUCUAGUGACCUUCCCUACGGCUACCAACACCCAUCAGACUGCCCGGGCUAUCCCGCUCAAUAGACUUCUGUUGGAAACAGAUACUCCCUACUUUCUUCCAAGGAAGGUUAGGUGUCAAAAAUGGUCUCACCCAGGCAUGGCCCUCCUGGUUGCAGAACGCAUUUCCCAGCUGAGAGGAACCACUCUUGAUGAUGUCCUUUCCAAUGUAAGAGCCAAUACAAUGACAAUGUAUGGAAUUUAGUAAAUACCGUCAUCGUGCUUUCCAAUCUGAGAUUUAAUACAUGGCAAGUAUGGAUUUACAAGUGAAUGGUUGACCUUAAUACCACACGUGAUGAGUUUCUUUCAAAAGUAAGAUCCUAAGCAAGAAAUCAAUCAAAUUUUGUAAAUUCUCGCUUCCACCGUUGAUAAUGUACUUUUUUUUAUAUAAUAUGAUAUUAAAGGGGAAUGAAAUCUUUGGAACAAGUAGGCUUGCCUCAAAACAGAAAAAUCAAAGAAUAA